UAAAUGCGAUGGUAAACAACGGAAGAUUUGGUCAACGAGGGAGAAAGUAAUAUUGCAUAUUAUUGAUGAUCUGAAAGAUUCGAAAGUACACUGUGAGUGCCGUAAUGUCAUAUUUUAAGAUAUAUUUAAUCGCAUGCCUUUUAAAAACGUGUUGUCAUCGAAACUAAGAAAUUCACACUUUUGUCCGUUCCUGGGGUUUACUGCGAGUGUAUCGUUCCCAUGAUUCUUCGGUGUUCCAAUAUGUCGCGUGCUGAGCAACAGAAAAGCAUUUAAACUCCUGGCUAUGAAAUCUACACCAUCAUGCAUGAAUGAAGUGGUUUGGCCAGACCGACCACAUGAGGUGCUAACCAACGGCCAUCCUGAAAUGAGUGGUGUUCAGUCUGUGAGACACAUAGCCACCAGAUCACAAGAUGAUGCUAUGGUUGGCUAUUUUUUUCAGCGCCCACAGACUGACCCUGAUUUUCAAAAUUACAGUGGCAAGCAGUCAAGGUGGGCACUAGGUGAUGACAGUGUUUUAGAGGUCCGUGGUAGUGACAACUCUGAAUUGGAGAGUGAUUUUCAAGCACUAGCUCUAGAAACUGGACAUACUUUGGAAUAUCAACCAUCAGCCAAGAAAUUAUGGGGUGUUGAAGACUCGAAGCCUGAUGAUGGUAAAGGAAUAUUAUUUGGUGACCAAUGGAGAGAUACAGCUUGGAGUACUGGGCAUAACAGUGCAUCUGAUGGUGGUCUUGGUGUAAAGAUGGUAGAAUAUGUUUUAGGAACUUCACCUACUUCUAAAGAAUUGGACAAUAGAAUGGCACGAUUGCAUCUUGGCAUGAAUUCAAAUGAUCCAUCAGAAAAACUCAAAAAAUUGAAAUCACUAUCUUUUGAUGGUGAUAUGAAAGGCAAGGAACAAGAAGGAGGUGUUAUACAUCAGUCUAAUGGCAUAUUACAAAAUGGAUUAAGUGAUGAUAGUGGUUAUCACCAUACAUCAAACAGUCGACAGUCUUCUCCUAGUGAAGACAUUGGAAAUAAGAAACAUAUUAUGAAUGAAAAAUUACCUAAGCACUCUGAACAAAUGAUGCCACCUUCAUCAGGUACUAACAUGCAAUCAGGUAGUGCUGCUUUAGGUGGUUUGGAUCCUAGUUUUGAGGGUGUUGGAAUUGAUCCUCUCCAGUUUGAUUAUCCAUCUGCUUUUAUGCAUUCAAUCGAUUCUCCAAAUACUAUGGAUUACAAUAAUCAGAUGACAUCUAGAAAGAUGGUUCUUAACAGAGCUGAUGAAAAAUUCGGUUCUUCAAAUUACUCGUGUACAGAUCCUCAGCAUUUUUUUAUGGAGCUUUACUCUCGUACUCAAGGGCAACCUAUGCCUGUUAUGGGUCAGCAACAAUUUCCUAUGCAGCAGCAAGGGCAAAUGCAAGCAGGUAAUCCUGCAGCUUCUCCAGCAUCUUUUGCUUCCAGUCCCUAUGUAAUGAACCAAGAUCCUUAUGCAGCUGCAGCCGCAGCUCCAAUGGGAACAUUAAUGCCUGGUCCUGCUAUGAUGGCACAGUAUUAUGGUAUGCCUCCUUGGGGUAUGUUCCCCACUCCAGGUAUGAUGCAAGGUGGACAAGGACAAAAUCCAAAUACUCAGCAGCAGUUGUUACGUGGUGGCGGCGCUAGGCCUAUGACUCCACAAGGCCCAGGGGCCGAUACCAUGGUACAAGGUGGUGGCGGUAUGCCUCAGGGAAUGCAAGGCCCAGGUGGGCAAUAUCAGAUGGUAGCACCUUCAUAUUAUGAGAAUGGUGCAGUGAUGAUGGGAAAUGCUCGUGGAAUUUCAACUCCUAUGAGGCUAGGGCCGCCAGUUCUUGUAAAUCCAGCUGCUACACCAAAUAGUAAUCCAGGUACAAUGGGAAGUGGGGGCUUACGCUUACUUGGUUCUCAAGGUCAGCAGAAUCCUGCUGCAAGUCUGUUUAAUAAUGGAACACCUAACAGCAAUAAUAUUUACACCUCUCCUGCGAAUUCAAACAUGACUUUUAGUCAUCCAAAUUCUGGACUUGGCUUUUCAGGAACAAAUGGUAGUCAACUUGGUUAUGGAUCUAGUCUAGGCUUAGGUCCUGCUCAACCACAAAACACAAUGGGCUAUGGAUCAAAUUCAAUGGGUCCUAUUGGAGCAUCUCUAAGUGCUAUUGGAACUAGUAUUGGUGGAACUGCUGGAUCUCCUCGACGCGAUUCUUUUGACAGACGUGAUGCUACUUCACUUGGCACAAUGGCUGGCACUGGAUUUUCUGGAGGUCUAGAAAGUCAAUUGUCACGCCAGAUGACUCAGCAAAAAGGAAACCAAUUUUAUGGUCCUUUAGGUUCAGUCACUGCUUCAGGUCCUGGUCCCAUUGGUAUGAUUCCACCUAGCCAAAGCCUUACUCCGCCACCAUCUUUAAAUGGAGGUUCACUUGGUAAUCUUAAUUUGGGUACAUUAGGUGGCCGAAUUUUGUCUGCUGCACCUGGAGCAGAAGCCAAAUAUAUGAUUCGAAAUACACCUUUAGGAAAUAAUGUCUUUGGAUCUACCAAUACAUUAUUUCCUAAUAGAACUUUACAGAGGAGCUCUAGUUUAGAAAAGCAGUCUGGGCGUAGCCGGCUGUUAGAAGACUUUAGGAACAAUCGUUAUCCUAAUCUGCAGUUACGAGACUUGUCUAACCACAUAGUAGAAUUCUCACAAGAUCAGCAUGGUUCAAGAUUUAUUCAACAGAAGUUAGAAAGAGCUACACCUGUAGAGAAGCAGUUGGUUUUCAAUGAAAUUCUAGGAGCUGCUUAUAGUUUAAUGACAGAUGUAUUUGGCAACUAUGUGAUUCAAAAAUUCUUCGAAUUUGGUACAUCUGAACAAAAACAACAAUUAGCACAGAAAGUAAAGGGCCAUGUCCUGCCUCUUGCAUUACAAAUGUAUGGCUGUCGAGUUAUACAGAAAGCUCUGGAAUCAAUACCGCCAGAACAACAAGUAAUUAAGGAGAUUGUGAAAGAAUUAGAUGGGCAUGUUCUGAAAUGUGUAAAAGACCAGAAUGGCAAUCAUGUUGUUCAGAAAUGCAUAGAAUGUGUUGACCCCAUAGCUCUUCAAUUUAUAAUAAAUGCAUUUCAAGGACAAGUAUUUUCUUUAUCUACCCAUCCUUAUGGGUGUCGUGUUAUACAGCGAAUUCUCGAACAUUGUACUCCUGAACAGACAACACCAGUUUUGGAAGAAUUGCACCAGCAUACUGAGCAGCUUGUUCAAGAUCAGUAUGGCAAUUAUGUUGUGCAACAUGUGCUUGAACAUGGAUGCCAAGAAGAUAAGAGCAAAAUAGUGAAUGUUGUGCGAGGAAAAGUAUUAAAUUUAUCUCAGCAUAAAUUUGCUAGCAAUGUGGUUGAAAAAUGUGUUACACAUGCAUCUCGAGCUGAGCGAGCUGUUCUCAUCGAAGAAGUGUGCACCUAUAAUGAUGGGCCUCACAGUGCCUUAUACUCUAUGAUGAAGGACCAGUAUGCCAAUUAUGUUGUGCAAAGAAUGAUUGAGGUAGCUGAGCCUCCACAGAGAAAACUGCUACUGCACAAGAUCCGUCCUCAUAUCACAUCUCUACGCAAAUACACUUAUGGCAAGCAUAUUCUCGCCAAGUUAGAAAAGUACUUGAUGAAAAAUAACGAGUUGGGCCCUAUAGGGGCACCAUCUAACGGAGCUAUUUAACUUUCAAUUGCAAAAUGUUGUCUUAAUGUCGGAGUGAGCUAGGGUGUAUUGUAUAGAGGGCUGAAUGAACACUGCAUGCUUAAAUAAUAGUUCUUCAAAAGUUAAUAUGGAAUUCAUUCUGGAUUUAGAAAAGAUCAGAGUGAUUUCCUAAUAUGGGAAUGAGUCAUUAACCAUAUAUUAUUUUAAUGUCUUUUUCUGAUGAUAAUGUAGUUUAAAGUGCUUUUGUAUGAACAUUUGAAAUAAUAAGGGGCUUUCCAGUUCUCUGGUAUAUACAGUAUAUAACUGUUUAACUUGUUAUCUUGUUUUAAUUUGUGACAGACUAUGCAAAAAAUAUUAAGACAUCUAUGUGUAUUUAUCUGCUCCAUUCGACAUUUCUUAAAUGUAAUUUGAUGACUGUUGUAAAUAGACAAAAGGCACUCCGACAAAAUCAAUUUUGCAAUUGUAUUUAGAAAUGGGUCUUAUUAAAGAUUUUAAUUUUCUCCCAUUGUACAACUUGCAUAUUGUGUUUGAUAUAGUUUUUAAUGGGUACACCUAGCCCAGUAGUUGAUCUUGUACAGGAUGUGUUGUAAAAUGCAUGAAGAUUUGCAUUUGGCAAGAAUUAAUGUCCUUAAUUUUUUUGUUUUUAUAGUGUUAUUAAGCUGCUUAAUAUUGUAUGUUAGAAACUUGAUACAAGUUGAUUGUUCUCUUUUUCCCCCUCUUUUUUGUUAUAACCAAUUAAGUUGUAAAUUAUAAAUUAGCAGAAGCACAAAAUGUUUUGUGAUGUUUCUACCCAGUAGACUAAAAAUUUUGAUUUUGCUCAAACAUAUGCAUAAUUAAAGUUUUCUCGUAAUAUUAAUAUGUGGUAUAAUAAAUUUGUAACAGCCAAUGUCAUUUUCUUAUUUAGAGCAAAGCUUCUGCUACGUGUUUCCCUUAAGCACCAAGAAAUAGCCUUUUGAAGUUCCUCAUUAUAUUAAAAAAAAUUGAGGCUGUGUAUUUUAUUAAGUGAUGGUUUCCAAGCUAGGUAUACCCAAAUGUGUAUAGUGUAUAAUGUAUGAAAAAAUUUUGUAACAUUUCGGUGCUACAGAUGAUGUAAUUUUUAAAUACUGCUAAUUUUUGAUAACGUCCUGUACAGUCAGCUCUGUAAAAGUGUAACUAAUUCUCAUAUGUUUUUGAUGGACUGGUGGACAGACACAGCAUGCUUUGCUGUUAGAUAUCAUAUUAUAAAUAAUUCAUGCAGUUUUUUUCCCCUCGUUUCUUUUUUUUUUUUCCUGCAACUUGAUUUAUAAAUUACAUAAUUUCCCCCUUGUAUGUUUUGUAUUUACAUUUGUUACUUUUUGCUAAUUGACUAAACUAUUUAAUGUGUUGUGCAAAAUGGUAAAAAUUAGGUGUCUUUUAAUUGCUAGUGAUUGUUUAAUAUUUUGUGAAUGUGUUUUGUCUAUGUAGAGGCUGUUAAAAAUAUUUAAUUAUACAGUACUGGCACAUAAAUCGUGCCUUGGUUGUUUUUGCUCCAAGAGUAUCUUUCAAGCAAGUAUGUGAGAAUACGACAUUCUUGACUGUGUGUGUACCUUUGCAUUUUACCCAUUUUUUUAUCGUUUGAUUUGGGUGUUAUAAUUUGUCUGAUUAGCUGUUACUUUCAAAACAUUCUGGAUUUGAAAGCCCAAAUCUGCUGCACUCUAGUAGAUGGUGAAUGAGGAUUGCAUAAAGGAUACUAAGGUAUGAGAAUCGAAGUAACUUUAUACAUUAAAAAAUUUUAAGGAGACAGAAGUGUCGGUUGAUAUGGAGUUAUUCAUUUUGCUUUGAUGAUAACACUUCAUUUUUUUUUCUUUCAUAAUUUUAACUUUUUUUUGUGUUUUAUUGACAGUAUGUUUUUAAUUGGGUUACAGUUUUGUUGUCCAGAAUUUACUGGAUAAUUAUAUCUUGCUUUGUGCUUUAACAAUCUGUUAUUUGUCUUUGCUUCAUGAUGUCAAUAUGUUACUUUGUCUGAUUAAUGCACUAUAUACUCCUUUUUCUGUCUGUUUGAAAUCUUAGGUAAAUUUAGAAGGCAAGUUAGCAUAUAUAAUGCCUGUCAUAAAAUUACUGUAGUUUUCCCGUGUGUUAUUGCUUAGAUUUUCUCUGAAUGUAAUUGAUAAGUAGAGUUGGACUGCCUUCUGGCAGAUGUAUUGGUGCCGAUGUGUGGUUUUUUCAGCUUUAAGAUUGGGUAUAUGGUCUCUUGUAACUUUUUGCUAUGGGAAUCAGUCUAUUACUAUCUGCAUAAUUGAGAAAAGUGUUGUGGUUAACUUCAGUAUUGUUUAGCUUUCUUGUAACAAUAUAUACAUAUAUAUAUAUACAUAACUUUAGCCAUCUUGACACAUUGUUGUCAUGUGGUUAAUUUUUUUGUAAAACUUGUAAAAACGUUUUUGUAUUCAAUUUUUAUUGUAAUUAGAUAAAUAUAGAAACAUUGUAUGUGCAUGUAGUGUGUUGUAGGGAGCUAUUGCUGUUGUAGAUUUGGAUUUUGUAUAUUUCUGCUCAUUGGCCAUAAAAGCCCUUUUGCAACUGUACAGAAUAAGGGUGGGAACAAAUAUAAUUUUCUUCCCUAAUUUUCAACUUUUCCUCUUAAAAUACUUGACUGAGUUUUAAAGUGAUGUUUAUCUUAGUCAAAAGAAUUGACUUCCAUUAAGAAUUUUUAAAAGAAGACUUCAAGCUUUAAAUAAUAUGAAUGCAUAGGUUUUAUGCACUUGAUUUAAUUUGCAUUAUUGUUAUUUUUUCUAUAUAAAUUCUGUCUGAUUGUGAUGAAAUUAUUACUAACUCUAAAAUUCAUGACUGUGUACCAAAUGCAUUGUUUCUGUUUUAAUAUUCUCCUUAAAAAAAAAUGCUCUUUCAGUUUUAUGUGGAAAUGGAUUCAUCAUAUUUCCCCCUUUUUUUUUUUGUUUGUACAUACUAAAAUAGCGAUAAAUUGUUCUACAAGCUAUGGUCUGUAUUAUAUUUUUAUUUUAAAUGAAAUAAUUUCUUCACAUGGGAUAUAACCUCUGACUGAUGUUUCUAAAUGUAUUAUUUAAUACUAAAACAUUUUUAAAAAAAAUAUUUUGUGCGAUUAUCAGAGUUAUGUACAUAAAUUUUAAUUUCAUCAGUCCAUGUUCUUUAUUUAUUUAUUGUAAAAUCAUGUUAAUUUUUUUACCAAUCAUGUUGAAUUAUACAUGUAAUGUUUUGUAAUAUCUUGUUUUCUUUUAUCAGAAUAAAUUUUUAAUAUAACUUUGUAAAUAUAAAAAUCAAUAUGUGAUGGUUGUUGCAAGUCUUGCACAAAAUUCUGUAAAUUUUUUAUAUUUUAUAUGAGAGUAGUUUCAUUUAAGUGCAUUAGCUUUCUUUUCUGUUUUGUACAAUUUCGCGUCAUCGGAAAAGAAGCGUAUAACACGUGUAAAUAAGUUUAAAAAAAUUUGAAUCCCCAUUUAAAAUCAUGAAACAUGCAUCGAUUGCCUUCAUUUUUUUUAUUGCAAUUGUAAAAAGUAAACUGCAUUUGAACCUCAAACUUAGUAAAGCAUUGAAUUGUAAAAAAAAUUCAUUUUCUUUCCCUUUAUUUUUUCACAAUUAAGUUAAUUGUGGUCCAAGGAUACUUAACUUGUAUAUAACCGUUUAGUAAUUUCUAAAUCUAAACCUUAUUUUCUUCUUAAUUUCAUGUAUUAUAGAAAUGCUGGUCUUCCAUAGACUUUCUUUUUGACAACCAACGAUUUAGCCUGAAUCUCUAGGAAUUUCUUUUGCAAAUUUUAAGUAGGAUUGCACACAUUUUUGGUUUUUCCAGAUAGCAUGUGUAGAUACACAGAACUAUCUAUAGUAAAUAAAAACUUUGCAUCUGUAAAAAAUUCAUUUCUUUUUUAACAUUUAAUCUUGUAAAUUAGAACAUUGAGUUGUAUGUGAUACAGGUUGUCUUUCUUAAUGCAAGUUACUUGGGAAAACAAAUUGAACAUUGGGCCUCAGUAAUACACUUAAAAAAAAAAUCUGACUUAUUUUGUGUUUUCCAGUUGAUUUUCCAAUGUGAUUUUUGCUUAUAUUUGGUCAUCCUCAAUUUUCAGAAUUAAGUGUUAAUUCAGAAUUGUAGAAUAAUGAGUUAAUGCCUUUCAUUUUAAUACAUUUAAUUUUUCCUUUAUAUUUUUAAAAUUAUUCUUGAAAAUUUCCUCCCCUUCCUCUUUUUUUAUUUUUAUUUUGUAAUUCAUUGUUUACUUUCUUUUAAUUCAAAAUGUUGUAUUAUUGUGGUCCUGAUUGUUCAAUCAUAAUGAAAUAAUUUAAUUAUUGCCUUUUGGGUCAUUCAGACCUCUACAUUAACUAUAAGGUGCCUCAAGCAGAAACUUCUGCACCAAUGUCAUCAUCCCCCUCUUACACUGUACAUUGAGAAGGUGCUUACAUAAUACUCCUUAUCCUGAUGUGUUUAGACCAUGUACAGUAUGUACAUUUGUAAAUUGAUGCACUGUACUACACUGUGUACAAAACAUCAGCAUUGUAGUUUUCCACGGACAAAUUUGUACAUUUCUCUUCGAGUGGCUGUUUUUUCAAUCUCUGUAUAUGGAACCAUCUGGUCAUCUAUGCAUUCGGAAGCACAUACUUUCAUAGUUCUAUAUAAGAGAAGAUUUUACUUUUGUAUUUUGUCUGAAACAGCUGCAAAUUUUGAAGAAAAUUACAAUGGCCUACUGUAUCAUAUUUUUUUACUGUAGUGAUGUGCUUAUAUAUAUAUGUCAACUUUUCAUAUUUUGAGUUCUGUAAAAUUCUGACUGCGAAAAUACUUCAGUUUCUAAAUGUAUAAAUUAUAUUGAAGUAUGAUUUGUAAAAAAGACUAAAAAUACAGAUUUCAAUUCUAUUUAAUAAAUAAGGGCGUAUAACUGACUAAUAAAAGAUGGAAAUAGACUUGUACACUGUUUUUUAUUUGUAUGAUGAAAAGAGAAUUACAUUUGUUUUAAAAGUCUUAGUGCUUUAAAAUUCUUGCAUGCAAUAAUAGUAAUCUUAUUUAAUUUUGACUGAUAUGACUUAUAUCAUAUAUUAGAUCAUUAAUUAAUUAAUCCAACAUCAAUCAUGUCCUUUUAACUAUUUUAGUGUUAGUUAAUUGUGUCCAAGCAGAAGGAAGAAUAGAGAGAAAUACAGGUUUUUAAAAUUGAUUUAUUUAUUGUUUUCUAAUAUUACCCCCUCAUAAUUUUCAAACUGUGAAAUAGUGUUUAGUGAUUUUUCUAAGAGCAUAAACAGUCUGAUUAUUAAAUUUUUUAAAAACUAUAAUCUUUCAGAGUGUAUUUAAUAAAAAAAAUAUAUAUUUGGCCAUUGAUUUCAGUGCCGAGUAAGCAUUUUAAUUAAUAUUUACUUAAUGAGAUUCUGCCAUGAAAGUUUGUCGGCAAAUAAAUGUUUUUGGCACUGUUUUUCUGUGUGCAUAAAUUAUAUUUUGAUCUUUCUCUCUCUCUCUCUCUCUAGUCCAAAACAAGGUGCCCAGAUGUAUGUCCAUAUCUAAGAAAUUGACUAAUUAUUAAUUGUGUUUAUCUUGCAUACACCAGUCCUUUCCUCUUUAAGCAUAUUUAUGUGUACUGUGUGGCCGAUUCCAAAUUUUUGCAGUUCAUAUGUUAUGCUGAUGUUCGAAGGGGAUUCUAUACAGUUUGACUAAGAAAAGUAUGUUAGCAGACUCUUUACUAAAUAUUUGUGAUUGAUUUUUUAUUUCUUUGAGCGUGAGUUUAUUACAUAUAUAUAGUGUGUAGUAUUCAGUUUAGCAUGUAUAAUGCCGUCUGACACUAUUCUAACAUUUCCCUUAACUAUGAAAUAAAUUAUCCUUGUGGGAGAAGAAUUUUGUGCAUAAUUUGUUUCCUUAAGAAUAUUUAUUCAGAUUUUUAUUCUCUCAAAUACACUCGGCAAAGCCAUUAGAUAAUCCUUUGAAAAUUUCUGUAGUUUGACUUGAUUAGUGGCUUCUGGUCUGGGCAGUUUGUGGAUUUAUUAUUUGUGUAUGUUCGCACCCAAUGAUGUAGUCUUGGACACUGUACAUGUUGUAUCAUAUCAGUUGUGUUUGGUCACUGUAGAAAAUAAAACUUGUUUUGCAGUGAUAA